GCUACUCCAGCAAGAGAACCUCGAAGCACUGCCCACAGCCAAAUUCCCUUCUUAUAUCGUAUCUUGUCUCCUUUUUUACGCACCAAAUCUCCAGUCAACAAGUCAACCAGCGUCUUAUCUGCUUCACACUCUUCAGCCCCGGCAAAAUGGUCCACCCUAUGAUCCCACGCGACCUGGCCAUCAACACUGUUCCAAUGCCCUCUAUUACUAUUACCACCCCAGGGCCCCUCCUCCCUAUGCCGCCCUCUUCUCCUCCAUGCCCCGACCUGUCGUCCAGCGACCCAAAUGUCCGAUCUCGGCCUCUUCCUGGUGUCCGCUGCCCUACCUGCGCCCAGGCCGGCAAGGAGUCCUGGGUGAUUCCCGGCCGUGCAUGCAGCACCUGUGGCACGCCGUGCUUUUAGAGUUCCUUAGGGACGAUAAUCAGCUUUUGGGAGCCUGGGCGUUUGUCUCACUACGUCGAGUCCGGGACGUACACACGCGCACACCGCAGGUACACACACACACACACGCAAAACGCAGUACCCCUUUUGGGGCGGGAAUCCAUGCCCUUAGUCUUAUUCUGAACGACAUGCCAACGAAAACAAGGUUGCUGCCGUAGGCGGGUUUCACUUGCAGAUCAAUCGCUUGCUUUGUUCACGGUACACUUCAGAGGUUGAGGCUUCACAGCAUCCGUUCUACGAUGAAGAGCUUUUUCCUAGGAUUGUUCUCUUUUUCUUUCUUUUCUCUCUUUUCUUCUUCUGUUCUUUCAACUCCACCCGAUUUCCUCUCCCUCACGGGAGCAGUGUGAAGCAUCAAGAGCUGCCAUUCGUUACUUCUCUUCUUAUUUUCAAAUGUCUUGGGAUGGCGUACGGCCAAGGGGGGUUUAAAGGGGACACAGAAACCAGGCUGUAUCUAGAGAAAAAAGUACGGGGACCCGCAUGAGGGCUUGGAAGGGCUGAAUGGAGCACGGAUGAUUAUUUUAUUCUCUUUUAGAUUGAACACGGAAUUACUUGUCUCUG